GGCUCCGGGCCGUGCCCCGCCGCGGGCGCGGCUGGCUGGGCGUCCGUCUCAGCGCUGCGGGCGGCCGGGGCCUCCGCUCUUGCCGGCUCCACGGCCCGUGCCUGCCAGUGCGCGUCGGCGCCCAGCGUGUAUUGCACCAUCACUUGGGUCGCACGGAACUCUCCCGGGCGCGCGAAGCAAGUGCAAAGACGGGGAGGGCCCAGGCCCCGGGCUCGAGGAGCUCGCGGAGUCUAGGGGGAGACGGGCGGGCCGAGUCCGGGCCACCCUGUCGAGUCGGCGUCAGAUGCCAGCGGUGGCAGAGGACCUCAACUGCCCCUUCCUCGAGGGUCUUUACAUCACAGAGCCAAAGACUAUUCAGGAACUGCUGUGCAGCCCCUCGAAGUACCGCUUGGAAAUCCUGGAGUGGAUCUGUACACGGGUCUGUCCGUCCUGGCAGGACAAGUUCAGCUCGCUGAAGGCGACCCCGGCUGAGGUGAAGAUCCAAGAGAUGGUGAAAUUAGGCCAUGAGCUGAUGUUAUGUGGGCCGGAUGACCAGGAGCUCCUGAAGGGCCGGGCUUGUGCCCAGAAGCAGCUGUACUUCCUGGACCAGCUGCUGGACGUGAUCCGGAGCUUGACCAUCGGAUGUUCCAGUGCGAGGGAGCACUUUGAAGACACCAGGGAGAAAAAUGAGGUGCUGCUGGGGGAGCUCUUCUCCAGCCCCCACCUGCAGAUGCUCCUGAGCCCCGAGUGUGACCCGUGGCCCCUGGACAUGCAGCCUCUCCUUGACGAGCAAAGUGACGAUUGGCAGAGGGUCAGCCCCUCUGUUGAGUCGGAGGAGAAGGUGGUGGAGCUGGUCAGGCAGCUGCAGGAGAGCACUGUUAAGCUGCAGGCACUCAGGGUAGAGCACAAGCAAGGGGCCGAGGUGAGCGGGGCUGACGCCAGCACCCUGGACCAGAAGCUGCGCCUGGUCAUCUCUGACUUCCACCAGCUCAUCGUGGCUUUCCUCCAAGUCUACGACGAUGAGCUGGCUGAGUGCUGCCGGCGCCCAGGUCCCUACCUCCACCCAUGUGGCCCCAUCGUCCGGGCCGUGUACCAGGCUCUGACAUCGUGCAACCAGCUGUUGAAAGCGGUCACGGAGGUCACUGGCACCUGGGCGGAAGCCAUGGAGAUGGUGAAGCAGCAGCAGGGUGAGCAGAUCUUUUGGGGCAGCAGCUCUGGGAUGAGUCUAGCCACCAAAAUGGAAGAACUAACCCAGAAAUACAAGAUCUUCGAUGCCGGUUUGCACAAAGGCACAGAGUUGGCUGGGAGCAGGAGGCUCCGACCCAGAGAUACAGGCAGCCGGGAAGGGCCGAGCCAGCAUCAGGAGAAGCAGUUACAGCCCCCGUGUUCUUUGGGCACAGCCUCCAAAUGCCUGGCGCCUUCGGCUCCUUGGGAGGUGGAAGGAGUCAGGGGGCAGAGGUGGGGCAGGGUGGUGUGAGCUGGAGAGAAAGGAAACCAGGUGCUGCGAA